UGUUUCACACAGGGGCCGAUGACGGCGGAGCGGGGCGGAAGUGUUGUGUCUGCACGCCAGCCCCUCUGCUGACGCUCCCGUCCGAGGGAAAAUGUUGCUGGUUUUGUCCGACGAGCACAAGGAGCAUCUGGGAUUCUUAACGCGUGUGGACGCUGUGGUUGUAGGAGAAUUCUGUCGGAUUGCUGUGGAAUUUUUGAAGAAAGGCUCAAAUCCCAAAACGUUUGAAGGAGCGGCAAGGAAGCUGAAUGUGAGUACUGAAACCGUGCAACGUGGAGUUGAGGGACUGAUGUACUUGAUGACAGAAAGCUCCAAAAUGAUGAUUUCUGAAGUGGAUUUCCAAGACUCUGUGCUUGUCUUGGGGUUUUCGGAAGAUCUCAAUAAGUUGCUGCUUCAGCUGUACCUGGACAAUAGGAGAGAGAUUCGGCAGAUUUUGGGUGAACUGGCUCCUGAUCUCCCUCAUUACCACAACUUAGAGUGGAGACUCGAUGUGCAGUUAGCCAGUCGUGCCUUGAGGCAUCAGAUCAAACCUCUCCUGACUCUGAAGCUGCACCUGGAGCAGAAUGGCCGUCAGAAUGCCAGCGUGUUUCAGACUGACCCUGCUACCUUACUGCAUCUAAUUCGCAAGCUGGAGCAGGCCCUGGGCGAAAUGAAGACGAACCACUGCCGGAGGAUCGUGCGCAAUAUAAAGUGAGGCGUUCACCGACUGACAGUCCUGCUGCCAGAUGGAGACGUCAGAGCAAGAUCGGGGAAACAUGCUACUUUGUCUACUGGAUCUUUGUAAUUGGAUGCACUUUGUCGAGUGACAGUGGUUUAUCGAAGCGUUUCAGCACAGGAGGCUAUCCAACAUUAAGAGUAUUAUUAGCUGGAGUUGUCCCAAUGCUCUCCAUAAAGUGCUUUAUAUUGAUUGCUAUAAGAUCUAAUGUUCACACACUAAUGUUCCUUUUUUAGCCAGAUAAAUGUUGCCUUUGUGGGGGGGGGGGGGGGGGUGUAAAAUCAGUGGCAGAAGAACGAUAUGCAAAGAGGAGUGAGGUAACCAACAGAAAAAAAAUAGCUAAAAUUAACCAGUACUAUACCCUGGGGAGGGGGAAGAGAAAUCGAUGUUUGAUGGGGGAUAAGAAGAAGGCAGUGACACCAUUGAUUCUUGGAUAAUACGUACUGUUUAUCUUUGCAGGUUGAUCUUGAGUUGAUGGUAGACUGACAGUCCCUUCUCAAUUUGAAGGCUGCAAUGUUCUUGAAAGCAGUGAAUUUGGGCUUUAUCUGCCCGUUUGAUAGGACACAGCACAAAAAAAAAGGCUCUUAAAAUCCCUUGCUGAGUGCAGAAAGGGAGCUUGAUGUCUGAGACCUUUUGCUGGUUUAAACAGUGGAAAAAGUAGAACUCUGGUUGGCACUUAAAGCAUGUUGGUUUACAGUCAUUAAGGCAUAUUACUUUGGUAUUAGAGGAUAGAGAAGAAAACAAUGCCAAAUAUAAAUCAAUGAAUUUUAUAUUGUCCAACCAUUUAGAACAACUAUCACUUUGUAUUUUUGAGAAUUUUGAAACUCAUUGUCAGGGCAUUUAAUAUUUAACUUACAGUUGUGUUCUUUUCUGACAAUCAUUGUACGUAACCAUUAGAUCAAAGUCAUGUUAAAGGUUUGUUCAUAACAGUUAUAUCUAAUCUGAAGGGGGUCUAAUAUGGAUUUGAAGUUUAACUUGGGGUAGGAAUCUUUAUUCACAAAAGACUUAAUGCUUUGGAAAUCAGCCGCCAUGUUUACAGACUGUGUUAGUAACGAUUCUGAAAUUUUAAUUUUCAAUGUAGUGUAGAUAAGAAAUACUUUGCUUCUAGGUAGAAUGCCAGCUGCCUGUUGAAGCUGAUCUUUGUGAUUUCAUCAUCGUAGUGUGAAAAUCUGCCUUUUCUCCCCUUCUACUUUGCGCAGUCACUUCUGCCUCCCUGGCAUCUCCUUCAUGAGCGUUUAGUUAGCUCGGGGAGCUGGGAACGGGUGUCGAGCCUUGGCUAAGUCCCUGCUAGUUGUGGUCAGUCACACGAGUAGAAAGGAUACAGUGUGCCUCAUGUAAUCUUCACAUUACUCUUGGAGACGUCAAUAUUAAAGUGAACAUUUUGUUGUAAUGAUAAUUGGAAAGAUGAAAGCCUCUAUGUAGAAACAUAAAGGGGCAGCAAAGCAUUGCACUUCUGUUAGGCAUGUGUUUUGUUUUUCUUGGGAUUAAACUUGGCUUGCAAAUUAAGCCCUUUUGUAUAGAAUGGCCUUUAGGUGAAUGGUGAAUAUUGUUCUUUGCUUCAUUCAUUAUACCAUGAAUCCAUUACCAUUAUCCAUUUAAAAUGGUUGCUUUCAAAUUGCUGAACAGCAGCUGUAAAGCAUUAAAGUAAAAAAUAUGAAAGAUGCUGAGAGUCGUGUUUGUCUAAAUCUUUAACAGUUACACUAAUGAAACUGUUCAGUCAUUUGUACUUUCCCUUUUGAGAACUUAACGUUGAUUCUAACCAGCAAAAUCAACAACAGUGAGUUACUGGCAAAUUUCACUUUGUAACAUGUACAUUUGUUCAGCUGUGUUUUCUUUUGACAUUAUAUAAUUUUUUUUCCCUAUUGCUCCAAUUAUUUCAUUUAUUCAACUUUAAAGCUGGUUUUGUACUGUGAUUUGAUGUAACUGUGAUUAUUUUUUAAAAAAUAUAAUCACUAAGGUUUAGUUCAAAAUAAUUGGAACCAGAUUUGAUGAACUGUUAUCAAAGAAGUCAAUAUUUACACCUGGAGUAUCAGUACUGCCAAACGGUUGUUUGUGCCAGUAUGUUAUUCAGUAAGAAAUCUUGUUUCUUGUUGAUUCUGAGUGUAUUAUUCUGCUGUCUAAAAUAUUUUUGUGUUGUUUAAUUUGAAUUGUUUUAGCAAAUGCACCAUUGUGAUGACUACCAUUUAGUCAUUAAACUGAACUUAAUACAAAAUGUGCCUCCACCUUGUACCAUAAUGUACUGUACUUCGAAAUUAAUUGCUGUUGCAUUUCUUGUGAAAUCUGCCUUGGUUUCACAGUGUAUCUGAAAAUGGGUCUUGGGAAUCCUUGUUUGGAAACUGCUAGAAUUAACUCAAUUUUAAGUAUAGUUUUGAAGACAAUUCGUAAGAUAUUUGUGUUAGACAUGAUUAUACAGAAUUUUGUUUCAAUAUACUGGACCAUGCAUGGAAAGGGGGAGGGGGUGUAUGCUGCUUAAAGUUCUUCAAACCUUGAGCUAAAAUAACAUCAGUUCACCAGGAGAAGGGUUAGCAAAGCUUUCAGUAUUUAUUUUCCCUGAUUGCUCAGACUAGACAAGAAUUAUGGAAGCCAUUUGAGGAAGGAAAUUGUAAGUUCAUAUAAAUGCUGUGCAGGAAUUAUAAAUUCAUUUGUAGCAAACCCCUUUUUGCAACUUGAGAAACCCAUUUGAAUGCCGACAAGCCUUGGCUGCAGGUUUACACUAUUUCAAUUUCUAUGUUCAUUCUGUUAAGUAUUCCUUCAGUUUUGGUCGAGAUUUGACUUCACUCGAUAUGUUAAUCCCUCCUUCCUGAAGACAAUUUUUGAAGACAGUUCGUAAGAUAUUUGUGUUAGUAUGGAGACACCAGCAGAGGAUCAAGGUUGACGUGUAGAGAUUACUUUUUUUUUGCAGGAUUAAGUAUGAUUGAGCUAAAUUUAAUCCUUCACCUUUUUGGCAAAAUGACUUUAAUAUUUGCAGGUUUAAAGUAUUAAAAGUGACCUGAGUAUAGCAGUUAUCAGCUGAUUUGGAGUUCUGCUUCUGAGGAUGGAUAAUAAAAUGCAAAUUUUGUUUGA